CUAAAAAGUGGUUUAGAAGUUACUUGAAUUGAAAUCUAGGAACAAAAAAGAAAGAAGAAUUGAGGGUGAUGGUGGUGGAAGAGUGAUGGGUGUUGAGUGGGUUUUGGUGUGCCACGGCCUGGUGACUGCUCUGGUUGUUGUCUCCUUCCUCUGCGGCCGCUGGCCAAUCUUCGAAGGCACUUUCAUCCAACGCAUUCACUACUUCCUCACUUUCGGCUUCUACGAUUACUUCCUGCGUUUCGUCGGUGCCGUUUUCGGCGCCAAGGGUGCGGAUGCAGUUCUCUCCGUCGAAAAUUUCUGCUGCGAUCGCCCCAAUCCUCUUCUUCAGAUCAUAUAUCUCGCCAUAAUCGGUUCAACAUAUUAUUUCGUUGUAAAAUCGUGUUUUGCAUAUAUUCCUGGAUACUACUUAGGUGAUUUUCACAGGUACACAAGCUUCUUGGCAGUUGCUGUUGGAAUUCUGCUCUUUCUUUUGACCAGCUUUUCUGAUCCAGGGACAGUGAAGGCUCAGAAUGUUUCUCACUAUCUUUCUGCUUAUCCUUAUGAUAACAUUAUUUAUGAAGAGAAGGAGUGUUCCACUUGCAAAAUUCUCAAACCUGCUAGGUCAAAACACUGCAGCAUUUGUGAUCGAUGUGUUGCACGCUUCGAUCAUCAUUGUGGAUGGAUGAACAAUUGCAUAGGGGAGAAAAAUACUCGGUACUUCAUGGCUUUUCUUUUAUGGCAUUUCCUUUUGUGCAUGUAUGGCACAGUUGCCAUUGGGUUGGUUCUUGCUGGAAGACUAAAAGAAUUAAAAGUUGUCUAUAUUCUAACUGUUUAUUAUGGAGUAGAAAAUUCUUUUUUGGAUUUAGCUCCUCAUGUUGUACAGUGGUUAUUGGGAUCGUACAACACUCAGAUACUGCUUAUGGUUUUCCUUGCAAUUGUUGCAAUGCUGUUGGCUGGUUUCUUUGGUUACCAUGCAAAGCUUUGCCUUAGCAACACUACCACUAAUGAGACCUACAAGUGGCAAGACUACAUGGACUGGCAAAGGAAGCUCAAAGAAGCACAGGCUAGUGCUGAAGCCCUAAAACAAAGCAUCAAUGGAAUGACCAGUGAAAAGCGACCUGUGGUAAGCAAAUGGAGAUCUUUCUUCCGAAGAUCACCUCUUGAAGAUGUGGUAGUUGUUAAGAAUAAUAUUUACGAUAAAGGAUUCAUUAACAAUAUCUGGGAGGUUAUUUCGCCUCUCUCAACGAGGCGAACACUGACCCAAACCAAAUUGAAGUCCAGCUGAGUACACUCGUAACAUACGUCUUUUCUUAGUUAUUGAAGACCUUGAUAGUUAGGUUGCACAUAAAUUGAGUUGGUAGCCUGUUUAUACGGCUGUUUAGCCUAAUAAAUCGUCGUGAAAAGUGAAAACCAUAAUGCUAUAUUAUUCCUGUUGAGGAGUCAGUGAAGGACUAGUUGUUAGUUAGCCGUUGGCUUUGUAACGUGACUGCGUGCAUUUCUUUUGGGAGGUUUCUGUUGUAAUAUUAGUUUUUUUUAAUUUAAUUUUAUCAUCCAGCAAAGGAUAAAAUGUAUAAGUAGGUAGUGCUUUUGAAAUGGGGUGAAAUAGAUAUAUGAGCAAGUGUUGGCAUACAAUUAUAAGGGGGUUUGAAGUUUGAAACAUUUUCUUUAUUGAUCGUCUUUCUGGUGUCUUAUUUUUUACUUCGAUUU